CUGCUCCAAAGACCGACAGAGACGCUUCGAUUUCAUCAAAUUUCGAUUCCGGCCUUCAGGUGCACUCGAACUUGCCACAAAUUUCGUCUUUUCUAUGGUAGAUUUGAUCUAAUUUUCUUUAGAUCGGUGGGUUUUAUCUGUUUUUGAUCGGGGGCCGUGGGUUUUGAACAGAGACCUGUUCUGUUAUUUUUAUUAGUUUCUCUCCCAAUGAUCUGUUCUCGUUACUUGAUUCAUUGUGCAAGUCCUCCUCCUCCGGUCGCCUCACAAACAUGGCUACGACUCCUUAUACAUUUACUGAUCCAUCCCUCACUAACUCGAGGCAUAAUCAUCAACUCCAAAGAAACAGAAAGCAACCCAAUUCUCUAAACCCCUUAAAGAUCCCUCCUUGCGGUCAAUCUCGAGCAGCCGCUGUAGAUGUGGUGAUCUUCAUCGCGGUCAUUGUUGCUUCUGGGUUUUUAGUAUUUCCAUAUGUUAUGCUAUUCUGCUAUGGCGUUUCUGGAAUUGUUGGGGCGAUUCUUUCUGUAGUGAAAGACGAGGUAUGUCGAGCUCCAAUGGUCUAUGCAUCUAUGGGACUUAGCAUUUUCUUCGCAGCCUUAGGCGUUUGGGGCAUUUCUAAAUGCACUCGCACCGGUAAAAAGUGUGGAAUCCCAAACUGCCGCGGCCUCCGUAACUCGGUGGAGUUUGAUAUACAGAUUGAGACUGAGGAGAGUGUGAAGAAUUCGAGUUCUCCUGUGAGCAAAGAUGGUGCUGUGCAGGGUCUUCUUGAAUUUGUACAAGAACGCCAUAAAGAAUUAGAAAAUGAGUUAAGGAAGAUGGCACCUGCAAAUGGGAGGGCUAUUAUUGUGUUCCGUGCCAGAUGUGGUUGUGCUAUUGGUAGGAUGGAAGUUCCGGGGCCAAAGAAGCUACGAAAGAUCAAGAAGUAGGGGGGGGGGGGAAUAUUUAUAAUUGAUAGGGAGGAACUCAACAGGGACUUAGUUUCAAUUUGGAGAAAAGUAUUGCUCAUAAGAUCAAGCUUCCCCGCACUAUACUGUAUUUAAAUAAGUCAGAUGAAAAUAAGUUUGUAAGGAUUGUAUGUAAGUGAAAUUGAGCAUUGUCUUCUUUC